UGACAGACAGCACGUUCGAGAAGGCACCAUCUCUCCCAUCAACGCGUUUGUUCAACAUCAACACGCCUGCUAGAGUUCAACACUCUAAGCCUCUCACGUGCCUUUUUCACAAACCUCCUUUGUCCAUCAACAUACGAAGUUUCGCGCAGCUGCAGCACCCAGUGCACGUUGAAUUGCAUCUCCGGCCUCCACAGGACCCCAGCAGCGGCUGCAGCCCCGAAGCCAAACCUCGCAUAGCGUUAAGCACGCACACCUGUUAAGCGCGACUUAAAUACCCGUCAACAAACCCCUCCUUGGGCCUGUGCAACCUCAAUUGCUCUCUAGAGUCGAUACGUCUGUCAACAUGACGGAUGUCGGCAAUAGUCCAGAGGCCGACGGUAGCCUGCUAAGAGAGCGACCAUCAGCUAAGCCGCUGCACAUGCCCGACUCUGAGUCCGCCAAGGAAAAAGUCCUUGAACUGAACGAGCAGGAAGAUAGCAAGAAUGAGCGAGAGAAGAAGACUUACGGCCGGACACCAGAUGGCACAGUCUUCAUUGUGCCGCACACCCACGACAUGGUGUCGCAACUGCUCUCGCCCUCGCAACCAAAGAACUUAUCCGACCUAGCAGUCCUCGCUGUGCUCGCAAGUUUGAUCUCAACCCUCUAUCUACUGCCCAAAAGCGCCCGCAUACCAGUCUUCGCCGUAAUCUUCCUGUUCUGGCGCGCCGCCUACAAUGCAGGGAUUGGCUGGCUUCUCGAUGCCCAGUCCAAACACAACCGCCUCGUCCUCUGGGCGAAGAACUCGCACAUCUUUGAGAACCCUGACACCGGCAAGAACCCACACCCAACGAUCUACAAAUUUCUCAAGAGGGAAAUGGAGACCAAGAUCCCAAAGGACUACAAGUUCGAGGAGGCUCCACUUGAGUACAACACGUGGCUUGUCUUCAGGCGCGUUGUAGAUCUGAUCCUGAUGUGUGACUUCGUAUCGUACUGUCUCUUCGCCAUUGCGUGUCUCCACCGCCCGGAGGAGAGCUGGCUACUGUUUACACUGCGAUGGACAACGGGCAUCGUCCUGUUCAUCUUCAACUUGUUUGUCAAGCUGGACGCUCACCGAGUGGUGAAAGACUAUGCAUGGUACUGGGGAGACUUCUUCUACCUCAUCGAUCAGCGCCUGACGUUCGACGGAGUCUUCGAAGCAGCGCCGCACCCGAUGUACUCGAUUGGGUACGCCGGUUUUUACGGCAUUGCUCUCAUGAUGGCAAGUUACAAGGUGCUUUUGAUAUCCAUCGUUGCGCAUGCAGCGCAAUUCGCCUUCUUGAUCAGGGUUGAAGAGCCGCACAUUCAAAAAAUCUACAACCCAGCACCACCUCGCCGAACGCGCCACAAUUCCGGAAACAUUACCCAAAAGCACCAUCCCACAUCAAGCCAGUCCGACAUCGACGCGGGAGCACUCAUUGAUCAUGUCAACCAACCUGCCCCAAUGCAUACAAUCGUCGGUCCACAGAACACGGACUUCCAUCGCGCCAUCGACGUCACGGUAGUACUCAUCCCUUUCUACAUGUUCUGUUUAGCAACACUGACACCAAAUACUCGCCUGGUGCGCACCUUCUUCUUCAUCAACGCGUUCGUCUGGCGCUUGUGGUAUGUCUUGGGUCUAGGCUACAUUCUCGACCGUCAGUCCAAGAAAAAAAACUGGACCCGACACUUCAUCAAGUAUGGCGAUACCAAAGAAGAAGCCUGGCGUCAGUGGAAGUGUCUGUACCAUCUCAGUAUGACCAUGUGCCAUGCUAGCUUCCUCGCUGCGGCUUGGAAGAUGUACACUCUUCCUCCCGACUGGUUCUACGACCUCACGGUGUUCAGACUCGUUCUCGGCAUUGGUAUGGUCGCUCUCCACCUGUGGACAGCUGCCAGUAUCUACGAUUCCCUCGGCGAGUUUGGAUGGUUCUGUGGCGACUUCUUUUUCGACCCUCCGCCGAAGAACCUGACUUACUCGGGCAUCUACCGUUUCCUCAACAGUCCUGAGCGCGUUCUUGGUAUGGCUGGUAUCUGGGGCGUUGCUGUGAUCACUUGGACUGCACCGAUCUUCUACCUUGCGACGACAGCCCAGGUCUUGAACUUGGCAUUCCUACACUUCGUCGAGCGACCUCACAUGACCAAGCUGUACGGUCAAAAGCUCCGCCAGACAUCUGGUGUCAGCAAGACCCUUCGCCAAGCUCUCCCCAGUCCGGUCCGAAACUGGCAAUCAGCUGCUGACGAAUACAUCAACUCUACCGUCGAGUUCAUCGAAGAGGUUUUGGAGAGUGCGAAGCCUAAACUUGCGGCUGGUGUUGGUACAUUUGUCAAGGAUACAACCGCUUUAUUCAAGUCGUACCCGGCACGCAUCUCGAUCACACGCAUCUCACCGGACCUCGCUGGCUACGAUCCUAAGCAGUAUAAGCUUGAAGUACAAGGCACGCUCUCCGCACCUGCUGUUGAGUACCAGAAGAAUGGCGGACGUGAAGGUGAACUGGCGAGGACACCUGCUACCCGCACAAGCGAGUUCAAGACAUUGGCACUUGAGUAUGGCGCACCGAUCAAGGUUCGAUGGCAAGCUCCCCUGAACCACAGCAAGAAGGACUGGAUCGGUCUCUACAUGGUAGCCGACAAUCAGUCUCGAGAAGUUACACAGCUCAGCUCCAAUGGCCGCUGGAUCGCAACCAAUACUGGUGUAUACGAUUCCAUCCGCGCAGAAGAAGGCAUCCUAGUGUCAGACAAGCUUGUACCAGCUUCAUCUGACAACGAGGAUGACUUCGAUCACUACACUGGCGAGGUCGAAUUCCGUGGGGAUAAGCUCUGGUGGACAACCGGUGUAUUCGAGUUCCGGUACCACCACAAUGGCAAGCACAACGUCAUGGCGCUGUCCCAAGCCUUCGAGAUUCGCAUUCCCAGGUUCGACGAGGGAGAUGUUGAGGUUGACUCGCACGGUACCGUACACCGCGCUGUUGAGCAGACUCUCCUCUUAGUCAUCCAGAAUUGCUUUGAUUGCGACCCGGAGAUUGCACCCGACACGCCAGAAGAGUCUUUUGGCAGCUUGGUCGAGAGAGACGGCAAGUUUGCUAAGAGAGUCGUGUUCGCGGUACAUCAGAUGUUUGGUAUCGAAUUCGCGCCCGAGGUUGUUCAAGCUGACGGCAACGUGCGGAACUUGGCAUGGCGCAUCUGCAAUGCGAAGAAAGUCUUGGCGCCUUACAGCAUGACCGCAAGCCACGGCAGGAACACACCGGACGGUACAAAGUAUUAGUGCGCCUUUGAUCUUCCGCUCGACACGACCGUCGACAAAGUCAGACAGCACAAGGGAUCAGAUGUACGCCUCUCAUUAUCGUUGGGUGCGGCAGCGCCUAUCAAUGUACAUCUGACGGGAAUCGAGGACAUGGAGGCAGGAUUUCUUGUCGAUAUUUUGCAACUGGAGAUGGCUAGAAAAGUAUAAUUUUACAGGUGGAGUUGGGGGUGAUGCGUACAUGAUAAAAUGAACCAGAAAAUGAAGAUCAGAAAAUGAAAAUCAGAAAAUGAAAAUGAAAAUCAG